AAUUCAAAGCUUACCCACUUUCGCAUCUGCCGAAAAUACCCUUCCCCCUCCUUUAAGCACGCCGAGUUCUGCCGAAAACUUGGGCUCUUAAACACACCGAAGGUGACCACACCAAAUCAUUUCUUUCUUCACCGCUGUUUAUAUCGGGAGACAUCCAACUCCGGCAUCAGGCUUCGAUUCUACCACCGGAACUCGAUUCGGAGGUGUAUACUGUGUUGUACAUUUACAUCUAGUUCUAUCUGCAAGCAUGGGACAGCAGGACAAAUUGAAUAUUUUAGUCAUAUGGAGGGGAAAACACCUGAAAGUGGAGGUGGAUCGAACCUCCAAGGUCCACGAACUUGGAGACAAGCUACGGAAGUUAACUGAUGUCAAAUCUGAUACACUGAAGCUUCUCGUCCCACAAUCUAGAAGCAAAAGUUCAAGGCUGAUCUACCCAUUCUCUGAUGAGCACUCUCAUUGGAGCUUGACAGAAGCUUCUAUUAUUGAGGGAAAAGCAAUCAGAAUGAUGGGUGCUUUUGAUAAUGAGGUCAAGGAGGUUUCAGAAACAAGUAUAAAAUCUGAUCUAAGGAUAGUAGGAUUUGAUGAAGAGGAAAAGCGAUUGAGACAUCGAUCUUUGCACAAUGCACAAGCUUCGUUGAAACUUCCACAAGGAGCCUACAUCUUUUGUAGUUUCCGCACGCUUCACCUUCCAGGAAUUGAGCUGAAUCCUCCACCCUCUGAGGCACUGAGAAGAAUGCACAUGCUUGCAUCUGAUCGUGGAAUCAUUGCUAUUAUGAAUAAGCACCAUUGGCGGGUAGGAAUUAUGACUGAAAUGGCACCCGUGGGAUAUGUAGGCAUCAGUCCUAAAUGCAUUUUAGGCUUCAAUAAGAAUCAAGGAGAGGAGAUAUCCCUUCGCCUUCGAACAGAUGAUCUUAAUGGAUUUAGGAAAUAUCAAAGCAUAAAAAAGACUCUGUUGCAUGAACUAGCCCAUAUGGUUCACUCUGAACAUGAUGCCAACUUCUUUGCUUUAAACAAACAGUUGAAUGAGGAAGCUGCUACCUUGGACUGGACGAAAUCAAGGAGUCACACCCUUACUGGUCGCAAGAUCUCGGAUCAUUAUGAGCAGGAGCUAGAUCUUGGAGUAAGCAGUUCUAGCUCUGGUCAAAAGCUUGGAGGAACUUUUAAUUCAUUGGGUAGUGCGAGAGCAUCUUCAGUGGCUGCUGCUUACAGUCGCUUCUUAAAUGCCCCUUCUGAAGAGCUUCAUGCGUCCGAUAGUUUAUCUGAUGCAACACUAGAACCUGAUCCUGAUGACAGUGAACUGAAAGGAGUUGUGGAGAAGACAACUGCUGAGUCAAACCCUGAUGAUACUUUGAUGAUUGAAAACUAUGAAGAGCCCGACCUUGACGAUUCUUCUUUAGAUAUUGAUAAUCAGAUGAUGGUUGAGUCUGAUCUUUUUAAUUCUAUGAGAUUCAUUGAUGGAUGUGGCAUGCGAGUUAUUAAAACAGCUAAAGUUGCAGACCCGGAUUCUGAUGAAUCUGACUUCACAGUGAUCUGUUCAGAUCCCAGAAAUGUGCCGGAACCUGAUCCUGACGAUUGUAUAUCUGAUCAAAAAAUGACGGGAGACAAAGUUGUGGAGUCCAAUCCUGAUGACAGUUCUGAAGUAGUUUCAAAUUACAGUGAUUCAGCAUCAAACGCCAUGAUGAGAAAAACGGAGCCCGAUCCUGAGGACAGUUCUGAAGUAGUUACAAGUUCUAAUAAUUCAGAAUCCAGUGGAGCAACAGAAGCUGAGCCUGGAAAUGAAUUCAUGGAACCUGAUCCUGGUAGCGGUUCUGAAAUAGUUUUAAAUUCUAAUAAUUCAGCAUUAGAUGGGGUUAUGAAAGUCGAGCCUGAUCCUGAUGAUGAUUUGCAAGUAAUUGAGGAGCCUGGAGCAGCUAUUUGUUCACGUAUCCAGAGAGCUAUUGAUAGGCUAAGAUCUGAAGCAACAUCAUUGGACGCUACCUCAGCCCUUCAAUUACUUAUCAAGAUUAUCAGGAAUGUGAUUGAACAUCCAGAAGAGAUGAAGUUCAGAAAACUAAGGAAGUCCAAUCCCCAGAUUCAAAAGAAUGUGGUGAAUUACAAAGCUGCUAUGGAGAUUAUCACUAUCGUUGGCUUCUGCGAGGACUUUGUGUUGGACGAGGUUGGAAGAGGAGAAACUUAUUUGGUCUUGAAGAGGAACGAUCCUGGUUUGCUGUGGCUCGUGAUGUCUUGUCUUGAAGUCUCUAUGGCUUAAACUUCGUGGUAUAUAGAUUUCAAAGUGAUGUAUGCAUACAUACAUGAAACUGUAGGAGAACAAAAGGCAUUCAUUUACAAAUAUAUACAUGAAAAUGCACGAGUCAUUUACAAUA